AUUCCCCGCAGGCCCCCAGGCCACGAUGAACCCGGGAGUUGGGGCCCAGCCGUCGGGGCCGGCGGGGAAAGGCCCCCCGGGGGCCGGCCUUCCCACCCUGGACCCCGAAGCCCCAACGGAGCCCGGAGGGAGGCCGCAGUGGGAGGCGGCCCGGACUUUCUAUGACAGCCUCGCCUCCAAGAAGAAGCCCAAAUCACCAAAACCCCAGAAUGCCAUCACCAUUGCUGUGUCCUCUCGGGCCUUGUUCCGCAUGGAGGAGGAGCAGAAGAUCUACGCCGAGCGGGGUGUGGAAGAUUAUGUGAAGUAUCAGCUGGACCAUGAGAACGAGCCCCUCCGGCCGGGGGCCGCCUUCCCCUUCGUCAAGGCCCUGGAGGCUGUGAACACCCGACUGCGGGAACUGUACCCAGACAGCGAGGACCUCUUCGACAUCGUCCUCAUGACCAACAACCACGCCCAGGUCGGCGUCCGCCUCAUCAACAGCAUCAACCAUUACAACCUGUUCAUCGAGAGGUUCUGCAUGACCGGAGGCAACAGCCCCAUUUGCUACCUGAAGGCCUACCACACCAAUCUGUACCUCUCGUCCGAUGCCGAGAAAGUGAGUGAGGCCAUUGAAGAGGGCAUAGCCGCCGCCACUAUCUUCAGCCCCAGCAAGGACGUGGAGGUGUCCGAGAGUCAGCUCCGGGUGGCCUUUGAUGGGGACGCCGUCCUCUUCUCAGAUGAAUCGGAGCAGAUUGUCAAGGCCCAUGGGCUGGACAUGUUUUUUGAACACGAGAAAGCUUAUGAAAACAAGCCACUCGCUCAGGGCCCGCUCAAGGGUUUCCUGGAGGCCCUGGGGAAGCUGCAGAAGAAGUUCUACUCCAAGGGCCUGCGGCUGGAGUGCCCGAUCCGGACCUACCUAGUGACCGCCCGCAGCGCGGCCAGCUCGGGCGCCCGGGCCCUGAAGACCCUGCGCAGCUGGGGGCUGGAGACGGACGAGGCCCUCUUCCUCGCCGGGGCUCCCAAGGGGCCCGUCCUGGAGAAGAUCCGCCCCCACAUCUUCUUCGACGACCAGAUGUUCCACGUGGCCGGGGCCCAGGAGAUGGGCACCGUGGCCGCCCACGUCCCCUACGGCGUAGCCCAGAAGUCCCAACGGACGGCGCCGGACAGACAGGCCAAGGGGGCCAAGUAGACCCGGGGCUUGGCCCCGAGGACACGUCCGGGCCGGGGAAGGGAGGAAGCGGAUGGGCGGCACGCCUGAUCCUGCUGUGUCUGCUAGGGGCCCAGGACUGGGGGACGGUCAGUCAGUCAGUGGUAUUUGCUGAGUACCCUCGGUGUGCAGAGCACUGCACUAAGUGCUAG